AUGGCGAGUGAUGUGGCAAAUGCUGGUCACCAUGAGGAACUUCGUCUGUCCUCGCUCCUCUCAUCGGACGAUAAUUCCUCUUCAGACAGGGUAGAUAUCAACUCAAAGUCCGUCCCGCAGAAAAGGAAAAGAACAAGUCCGGACGACCAGGCAACUCUAGAGGCAGCUUAUCAACUGGAUUCGAAGCCGGACAAGACAGCACGUCUUGAGCUUGUGAAGCAAGUCGCGCUCAGUGAGAAAGAAGUGCAAAUAUGGUUCCAGAACAGACGGCAAAGCUCAAGGCGCAGAUCUCGGCCCCUACUACCACACGAAAUCGUGCAGUAUCAGCUGGCUCGUCACGCGCAUAUUGCGCCCGACAUCCAAGCUGCCGUAUUGCCACCCAGCCCGCUCGUUGGCCAAAUGCGGCCUUCCCACCGUAUCAGCGCCUCCGACUCGCUACCGCAGCAUGCCUCCACUGUGUGUGUGGCAGCGGCGGGCCAAUACGGGCGAGAGGCAGCCGACAGCAGCUCCAACGUGGUUACCGCCGCAAGCAUUGCCAUGGCAGCGCCGUCAACCUUCUAUCGAGCAGACGCCCAGCUUGCAGGCGCUCCGAACGUCUCGUAUGCAGCUGUCCAAGACUCUAAUGGCUCGUCGGCAUGCGGAUACAAGGCUAUUGCCCUUGUCAAUAACACCAUUCGACAGCAGCCAGCCACUGGUCUGCCGUCGACCCAGAGUGCAUAUGCAGCUCCACGUGGCAAGAAGUCGCAGUCGUUCGUACGUCUGUCCAUGUCAUCGGACGGUAAGGCGUGCGUUACGACCAAGAAUGGCUCCUCACCGUCUCCACCACGCGCUGCCUCAAUGCUCAUCCCACCCAUGGAUUUCAAUGCGGCUCUGAGUGUUACCGGAAAUACCAGCGCUGUAACCGGCAGUGACGGCGUUAGGCGUACAUCACGGUCAUCGAGCGGUCGAUCGCGGGACUCUCGAGCCUGGCAGUUCUGGUGCGACAAAGAUGCACGCAGCGAGCUGGAGCAAAAGGCGGUCGACGAUGUCAGUGGCUCCGCCGCGGAUGCUAUCGGGCUUCUACGAUCCGCUUCUGGUAGACGCAUUCUAGGCUCUGUGCCGGCAACAAUAAACUCGAAGUUAGCGCAACGGGCAAAGGGCGUGCAUCGUACCAAGCUAGAGCGGAGAAGAGGAUGCCUGCAGCGAGCCAACACAACCCUCGGACGACUACAGAGUCGCCUGGAUGGCAGCGAAAAGGUCAUGCCGAAGCUGAAAGGUUAUGAUUCGACUCUAUCCGCGCACGUUCCCGGCAACGACUCGGACAAGGAGAACUGGUCGCCGUCUGAACGUGACCAGGAUGGCAGUCUAAUCGAUGGGGCCAACGCUCGUUCUAGUCCGGAGUAUUCGUACGCCGCUCCACAAGGAGGCCGAGUGUCACAGAUGACGACCUUGCGCGAGGACGCUCGCACCGGGUUGCACAAGUCUGCUUUGCAGCACGAUUUUGGACAAGAGAACGUUGAGCCAGAAGCUGGGGCUCCUACGGCAGGCACUGUGUCCGAUAAGCAGCAAAAUCAGAGCACGUCGUCAGAAGACGACCUGGACUGCAUUCAGGGUCUGCUCUCGCUAAGUCAGGGUAACUGGAGAUGA